GUACGGUGAUGAGAUCAAUGUGUCAUCAACAAAGAUGAGCGAAAGGAAGUUUACCCGUGGCCUGGGUAAACCGGGCAUGGCCGCUCAAUUACGAGAGACCGUCUCUCAGGUAGUACGAGAGAGUACCGUACAGAAUAAGCCACAUCUAGUAGAACCCAUAGAUUUUGAAAAUUUUGUAUUAAAGAAUAAAACUUUAUUACAAAACGACCCCCAGAGAGAACUCCUGCUAUACCCUAGGGAUGAUAUUUCACAAGUGGUAUUACCUAGAAGAUACCGUACUCUUGUACCAACUAUACCACAAACUUCAGAUAAUGAGGAAGGGGAAGAGAAUCUUCUUACAAAAGAAUGUUUACGAAGUUACACAUCUAAUUGGAAUCUCAUACAUUAUAAAUAUUCAGCAUAUAGUGGAACUUAUCUUGAGUUACCUAAAAUAACAAAAAUAGAUGAUCUAAAAGAUGAAGUGUAUGAAAUUGAUACGGAAGUAGACCAAGUUGAUGAGGAAUUAACAAAGAGUAAUGGAAUAACAAAGGAAGGUUAUUUAAUGAAAGGACCAGAAAUUGGUAGUAGUGACCGCAUGUUUGCAAAUAUUGGUUCAAAAUCAUUUAAGAGAAGGUUUUGUCACCUUCGUCAAGAAGUUGAUGGCACAUACAUUCUUGAACUUUUUAAAGAUGAAAAAAAGGGUGAAGCUAAACUGACGAUAGUAAUGGAUUUUUGCACUGAAGUUAUUAGAAAUCCAAAACGUGGAAGAUAUUGUUUUGAAUUAAGAAUGAGUGGGACUCAUAAAUCGUACACAUUAGCAGCAGACAAUGAAGCAGAUAUGCAGGAUUGGUUAUUAAAGUUAAGCUCAGUAUUACAGCAUUAUAAGCAACAAGAAGAAAAACGUGCUGCUUCGUUAGAGAGAGCAUGCAAUACACCUCCUCCUUCUCCUCAACCUAUGCAGGUUUAUGGAACACUCAAAGGCUUAGAACAAAGUAUGAAUCCACAACUGAUAAAGUAUUCUAGGGAAACAGAUACUAGUAUUGCAUUAGCGAGACGAGAAUGUCGUAAACAAUUGUUUAGUAUUUAUCCUCAUAUUCCACAUACUAAACAACAACCAGGCAAUUGUAACGAACAGAAUAUUGAUCCAUACAAAGAACAAUUUGGGCAGAGAAUUUUUGUAAAAUGUGAAAGUCUUAAAUUUAGAUUACAAGCACCAAUAGAUGAGAAAGAAUCAUUAUGUCAGGUGGAACCAUAUCAAACUACACUAAGUCUUUAUGAUGCAAGAAAUGGCAGGAAGCUAACUGAAAAUUUUCAUUUUGAUAUUAAUCAUGAGGUUGUUCAAGAAAUAGUAAAAGAAUUAAGUCCUGUAGGUAUUAUGACAGAAUCUACAGAAAAUAUUAAACUACCAGAUGAUCUGAAAAAUAUACCACUAGAUUGGAUUAAAUAUCCAAAACAGGCCAUAUUUAGUAUUAGUAAUCCGCACCCUGAUAUAUUUUUGGUUGUAAGAAUAGAUAAAAUAUUACAAGGGAAUAUAUGCCAAACUUCUGAACCAUAUUUAAGGGCUACAAAAGAUCCACGAUUAGGUUUAAAAGUACAUAAACAAGUUAGAGCAUGUUGCCAAAGAUUGGGAAAUUAUAGAAUGCCGUUUGCUUGGGCUGCCAGACCAUUAUUUAGAUUAUAUAGUAAUGAAUUAGAUACGUCAUCAGACUUUCCUGCAAUAUAUAGGCAAGAAGGAAAUAAAAUAAAAGAUGAAGAAUUACUCAAACUCCUUUCAGAGUAUAGAAAGCCUGAAAAACUUAGUAAAUUGACUGUGAUACCUGGUUGGUUGAAAAUAAAGAUUGAGUCAAUUACAGAUUUACCUGACAAUACAUUAUCUACAUCUUUAGCAGCUUUAAAGCCAUUUCCAUUACCGCCAAUAUCUGAACCAACUCUUGAGAUUGCAGAGUUUGAAAGUACUUCAGAGAAAGAUGUUCAUCCAUACACGACUUAUAUUAACCAUCUUUAUGUAUAUCCACAAACUCUUUGCUUUGAUACUCAAAAAAUAUUCACCAGAGCUAGAAACAUUGCGUGCGUUAUUGAAUUACGAGACAAUGAUUGUGAAAAUGCCACACCUUUAAGGUGUAUAUAUGGAAGACCUGGUGCUCCACUUUUAUGCUUACGAGCAUCUUGCGCGGUUUUACAUCACAAUGCAGUUCCUUCUUGGUAUGAGGAAAUUAAAAUAAGGUUACCAUCAAAACUUCAUGCCAAGCAUCAUUUACUCUUUUCUUUUUACCAUAUAAGUUGUGAUAUGAACAAGAAAAAAGAAAAUGGUGUUGAAAAUUGUGUUGGUUAUGCUUGGUCUCCAUUGUUGCAUAAAGGAAGAUUAAAUGUGGAUAUGGAUAUGAAUGUACAAACACUACCUGUUGCAACACAUUUACCACCAGGAUAUCUUUCAAUACAACCUUUAGGACUAGGAAAAGGGAAUGCUGGACCGGAAAUUAUAUGGGUUGAUUCUCAACGGCCGGUAUUUACAGUAGCAUUUCAAUUGAUUUCAACUGUAUUUACACGUGAUGUACAUUUACAUAAUUUAUUUGCUCAUAUGGAACGCAUCCUAGAUACAAAACUAGGAGCGGUACCAGCGGAUUCGGAAACAUGCAAAAUAUUAAAAGCUGCUCAUGCAGUACAAUUAGUUACAGUUAUUACAUUUCUUCCUACUAUAUUGAAUCAGUUAUUUACAUUGUUAACAUGUACUACAAAUGAAGAAGUUGGAUGGUAUAUUAUAAGAGUAUUAAUACAUUUCAUAAAUAUGGUGCAUGAAGCUGGUAGGAAAGAAACACUUCAGGCUUAUAUUAAGUUUGUUUUUGUACCACCUUCUCAAGGAAAUGGUAUUAUAACAGUUCAUGAACAAUUAGGAAAACAUCUUCCUACAUUAUUGCAGCCAAGUAAUACUGACUUUCUAGUAGUAAAUAAAUUUAUGCAUCAUUCCAGUUUCUUUUUUGAGAUAAUGAUUAAGAGUAUGGCACAACAUUUGCUUUCGACAGGAAGGAUAAAAAUGCAUAGAAAUGAAAGAUUUUCAAAAGAAUAUCAUGAAAAAAUUCGAAGUUUAGUGGAAGUUAUUAUGCCUUAUCUUAUGAACAAAUAUAAAGAAAUGCCAGUUGAAACACAUGAAUUAAACAAAAGUCUUGCACAAUUUUUAAAACGAUGCCUUACAUUUAUGGAUCGUGGGUUUGUUUUCCGUUUAAUAAAUUCAUACAUGGACAAUUUCUCUCCUGGAGAUCAACGUACACUACAUGAUUUUAAAUUUACAUUCUUGCAAAUAAUCUGUUCACACGAGCAUUAUGUGUCUUUCAAUUUACCAAUGAUGCAAUCACGAAUCAUUUCCAAAGAAGAUACAGAGAGUGAUCCAGAAUGUGAUGAUUUAAUAAAUGAAUAUUGUUUGUCAGAAGAUUUUUGCAAACAUCAUUUCUUAGUUGGACUGUUAAUGCAAGAAGUUAGAACCUCCUUAAAUGAAAUUGUACAAAUUCGUAAAGUGGCAAUAUCUACAUUAAGAGAUUUAAUGGCAAAGCAUGAACUUGAUGAUAGAUAUCAGAAUAAGGGUCAAUUAAGUAGGAUAGCAUCCACUUACAUACCAUGGCUAGGUAUUGUAUUGGAAAAUCUACAUCGAUUGCAAUCUAUACAUGAUAGCAGUAAAACAGAAGUUAGGCAAAAUGGCACAAAUAGAAUAUCAACUAGUAGUUCAUUUUUGGCAAAUAAAGAUACUGCGAGUACUACUGCGACCACUGGAACUCCAAAAUCAAUACAUAGGCUUACAUUACAUUUGGAAACUCAAUCUCCAAUAAGGGCGUCUAUGCAUCUACGAGAUUCUACAUACUUUGCAGCCAUAGCAGGCCAAGGAUUAGUUAAUGGAUAUUCUUGUACUAGUAUAGAAUCAGAUACAUCAACAAUAUCUGGUGCUUCUCAAUCGAAUAUAUCUCAAGAAACUACUAUUAUCCGUGAACCUGUCGAAAAUGGUACUGGCGAAAAAAAAAGACAUUCUCGUUCUUUAAGUGUUACACAAUCGUCACCUAGAUGCGAUAAAUUGCAGUCGUCGGAAGUUAAGGAUAUUUUACUUUGUUUUCUAUUUGUAAUAAAAUACUUAGGUGAUCAUCAAGUUAUUGCUUGGUGGCAACAAUGCAGCGAUUGUGAAAUUUUAAGUUUCUUUACAGUAAUUGAAAUGAGCCUUCAUCAUUUUAAAUAUAUUGGGAAAAGGCAAAUAGCUGCAAACAUGGUAAAUAGUUCUGGAAAGCCUCGAACAGUGAAAGCAAUGACAUUACCAGCUAGAAUGGCACCUCCAGAUUUUUCUAACGAUGGACCCGCUACUAGUACUUUACAACCACAUAAUACUACUGCACGAGAAAAUCUUGUUGAAAGCGAUAGUGGGAAAAUGCAUCAAGCUUUAUUAGAAGCGAAUAUGGCGACAGAAGUUGGUCUAAUUGCAUUGGACUGUUUAGGAUUAUUUUGUAUUCAUUUUAAGGAUGUGCUUCUAACAACAGAUGGUGAUAAUCCCAUAAUGCAGAAAGUAUUUAGUAUAUAUUUAUCGUUUUUGCAAGUUGGACAGUCUGAAACCUUAUUACGGCACGUUUUUGCCAGUUUCAGAGCCUUUUUAAAUAAUUACUCUAUAAUUCUAUUUCAAGGAAAUGCUGUAUUAUGUGGACGUUUAUGUUACGAAUUAUUACGUUGUUGUAAUAGUAAGUUAAGUUCCAUUCGGCAGGAAUCUUGUGCUUUACUUUAUCUUCUUAUGAGAAGCAAUUUUGAGUUCACCAGUAGGAAAGGACUAACUAGGGUUCACUUACAAGUAAUUAUAUCUGUUUCUCAAAUGCUUGGAAAUGUUAUUGGAUUAAAUAAUUCAAGGUUCCAAGAAUCACUAUCAUUAAUAAAUAGCUAUGCUUCUUCUGAUAAAGUGAUGAAGGGUACUGGUUUUCCAGUUGAAGUUAAAGAUCUGAAUAAAAGAAUUAGGACUGUUUUGAUGGCCACAGCUCAAAUGAGAGAACAUAACAACGAUCCUGAAAUGUUGGUAGACCUACAACAUAGUUUAGCUAAUUCUUAUGCUAGUACACCUGAAUUGAGACAUACAUGGUUAGAAACUAUGGCUAGAAAUCACGCAAGAGAUGGAAAUUUUUCAGAGGCUGCUUGUUGUCAAUUACAUAUUGCUGCAUUAAUAGCAGAGUAUUUAAAAUUGAGAAAAGUUCAUACGUGGGGUGCAGAAGCCUUUGACAAGAUUUCUGAAAACAUCUCUAGAGAUGAAUGCAGUCUUAAACUUGAUGCUGGUGAGAUUUGUGUGCAAGAUAUUCAUUACAACGAAUAUAUACUUCUUGAACAAUUAGAACUUUGUGCUGAAAUGUUAGAGAAAGCAGAACGAUUUGAACUUCUUGGACAUUUGUACAGAUUAAUAGUUCCUAUGUAUGAAGCGAAAAGAAAUUAUGAAGCUUUAGCAAAUUGUUAUUCUCAUUUGGCACAAGCCUGUAAUAAAAUUGUUGAAGUUACAAAGUCCGGAAAAAGACUUCUUGGAAGAUUUUAUAGAGUUGCAUUUUUUGGCACGGCAUAUUUUGAGGAUGAAAAUGGGCAAGAGUACAUUUAUAAAGAACCAAAAGUUACAUCCUUAUCUGAAAUUUCAGAACGUCUCCAUCAUCUCUACUCUGAAAAAUUUGGUUCAGAAAAUGUUAAAAUGAUAAUGGAUUCUAUACCUAUCGAUAUAACCGAAUUAGAUUCAAAAAUAGCGUAUAUUCAAGUGACACACGUUACACCUUAUUUCGAAAAAUAUGAGUUAGAAACACGACAAACAGAGUUUGAACAGAAUCAUAAUAUAUCAUGUUUUAUGUUUGAAACUCCAUUCACUAAAGAAGGAAAAGCUAGAGGUAUUCCAGAAGAACAAUGGAAACGUAGAACAAUUCUUACAACACAAUAUUCUUUUCCAUACAUUAAAAAACGUAUUUUAGUUAUUGAAAAACGAAUAAUGGAACUGAGCCCAAUCGAAGUCGCUUUAGAUGAAAUGCGACAACGUGUCCAAGAAUUAGAAGAUGUAGCUCUUAUAGGACCAACAGACGUGAAAAAAUUGCAAUUAAGAUUACAAGGAAGUAUAUGUGUUACAGUAAAUGCUGGACCACUCGCAUACGCUUCCGCAUUUUUAGAUCCUGCACUGUCUCCACAAUAUCCAGAUGAUAAAGUUGAAGAACUAAAAGAUGUUUUCAGAGAAUUUGUUAAAAUAUGUUACACAGCUCUGCAAAUAAAUAGUAAGUUGAUUACAUCUGAUCAGCAUGAAUAUCAAGAAGUGUUACGUGAGAAUUAUCAAAAACUUUGCCAAAAUUUGUCAUCAUUACUUGGGGAACCUAUUUGGCCUGAUGAACAAGUUGGAAAUUUUAAACGUAAUAGCGCUGCUUUAUUUAGUGCUAUCAGUGGUGCUAAUAAUCACACAAGUACAGCUUAAGAUAAGAGAUCAUUGAAAUGAAAUCAUUUGCAAUUAAAUUAGCUUUAUUUUUAAUGCACAUUUUGUUAUAAGUGAAUGAUAUAAAUUGGGUCAUAUUAACCCAUAAUUAAUUCGCAUAUGCUCAAAAGUACUUCUGUUACAAGUGAUUGAUGAAUGAAUAUUGCCAUUACGACUGUAAGUAAGACUAUUACUGCAUAUUUACUUAAAUUUUUUAUUUGUUAUAAUCAAAUUUAUUUCUUUUUAUAAAAUACGUAUAUAUGUGCUUUAUAUUAUUAAUUUCUUUAUCAUUUAUUCGAUUAUAAAUGAUGAAUAAUAAGAUCUUUUCUGCUCUAUUUGACAGAAUGGGAAAAAUGCUAAAAUAUUUAGUUUAGGAGGUCAUUUCAUAAUAGAUGCGUAUCUAUUAUUCUCUUUGAUCAAUAUAAAAGUAUAAAUUAUCUCAAGGCCUAAUAUUACAAAAGGUUCUUAAUAUCUAAUCACUGCCAUAUUUUCAUAUAUUUAUUACAUGUUUUGUUUUUCUUAAAUAAUUACGUCAAUUGAAAUAUUAUAUAGACAUGAAGAUAAGAAGUAAAAAGAAUACUACUGACAUUUUUUAUUUCCAUAAAAGAUUCACUACAUUUUUGCUAGUUACAAGAUUUAUAAUCAUCUAUAUUAAAAAAAUAUAUGUUUUCUAUAUAUUAGAAAUAUUACAGAUACAUUUAAAUCUAAUUAAAUGUAGUAUAUUUUGGUGUCAAGCACCUAAAGGGGCAUUUAUACAUGCGUAUAUAUUCUGCAAGAAUUCAAUGAUUUGUAUGUACAUUAGAAUAUGUUAAAAUGUGUAGGACUUAAUUUGUAUAUAUUUGUAUAAUUUAUUCUACGUAUAUAUAUGUAUUAUGUAAACAUGUAGCUAGCAAUUAUUCUAUAUUUAUGCAAAUGUUAUUAUUUAAUUGAGAAGAGGAGAAUAUUUUGUGAUGUCAUAACAUUUUAAGAAAUUUAAACAUUUGAACCUUCAUAUAUCUUUUUUACGCUUUUAUAUGAUAACGACUAAUAAAAAAUUAAGUUUUUUUCAGUAUCUUCUAUACGAAAUUUUUAUAAUAUCUCCUCAUUUUGAUUAAUAAUAUAAUAAAAUUUUAUGGACGAUGUACUUAACAAAAUUUUUCGUAACAAGUGCUUCAACAAAUUUUUGUUUUAUAUUAUGUGCGAAUUUCUUUGAUAUAUCUCUUUUAUAGUAGGUUUUUGAAAGGGAAUAACACUUUAUCAUAUUUAUACAACAUAUAAUUUUUUUCAAAAUUAGCUAUACAUAAGAAUAUAGAAAUUUGAAAUUUUUUAAUUUAUUGCACAUAAAAUAUCAUCAAAUUAAAUAAACUUAGAAAAAAUUUGUUUUAUAUAAAUCUUACUUCUUCUAGUUUAUCAAAUUUUGCUAAUUAUCAUAUGUAUAAAGAAAAAGAUAUUAAUUACAUUUUAGAAUUCAGUCUAAAAAAUUUUGCAGAAUUUAUGUGCUAUUAUGGGUACUCAAUUUGUAUAUAAUUGUAAUUAGUACAUAUAAAAUAUUUUUUUGAUAAUUAAAUAUUAUUAUUUAUCUUUAUGAAUAUAUAUUAUUUGAUAUUAGAAUUUUAUGUUCAAAUUAUAUUAUGUUAUGUGAUUGUCAUAUAUUUGCAAUUUUGGUAGUACAAAAAAACUGUUUAUGUGACAUUUGUGCAAGCAAAGAAUAGAAUUUAUAAUAAAUGUAUAUUUAAAUAACCACAAAAAAUUAUUCAUUUUGAAGUCCGGUGAGAUUGUGGUUAUGAUUGUGCUGCAGAAAGUAAAUUUCAUUACUGUAUAAAAACAGGAUAUAAUUAUGCACUAAUAAUUUUAAGAAUUUAUUCAAUAACUUGAGCAUUGUAUUGAAUAUUGAACAUGAAAUUAAUUACGUCAUUUUUUAUUUUUAUUGUUACAAUUAUUACAAACUAUUUUACUUUCAAAAUUGCAAUUUUAAAAAUGCGUAUACAGCUCUUACACUACAAAAAAAUGCUGAGUGAGGAACUAUAUAGUAUGUAAAUGAAAACUAUUAGAUUUAUAUUUUAGUAGAGUUCAUUUACAUGGUGGAUAAACUACGAAAUAAUAAAAAUACUUGACUGGAAUGUUGUAAAACUUAUGUGCCAUUGCAAAUUAUUUCUUUUAUUCAGACUGCACUAGUAGUCUAGCUAUAACAUAAAUUAGAUCGCACAGUAAUGCGUCUGAAUAUUUGGAAAUAUAUGUUGAUAUUUGUUUUAACUGUGUUUAAUAUAGCAAAUAAUACUAUUAGAAAUAGAAAGAGUUAUGUUUACUAAGCUAUGAAUUGUUUAUUAAAAGAAUAACUACAUUUAAGAAAUAACUAUAUUUCAUACGCAUAAUAACAUAUUGAUUUUUCUUAGCACAAAGUUAAGUUGGACUAGUGUUUUUAAAUUUUAUCAAAUUUAUUGCUUUUGCACUUGUAAAUUCAAGAAAGCUAAAACUCUCUACAAAUAAGUGGGGCAAUAAUUACGAAUUAUUUAAAAUUAUUAAGAAUUUUAUUCAAAUAUACAUAUAUAAAGAUAAAAGUUAAUUAUGUGUUAGACAUAAUCAAAUGAAAAUUAUAUCAGAAAUAUUCUUAAAAAUGAGUUGAAUAUAAAAUACAAUUAAUAAUUAUUACUUCUCUUUGCAUAUUAUAUGUGUAUAUAUAUAUAUAUAUAUAUAUAUUUAUAUAUGAUUUUGAUUAAUAAAAGUUUGCCAUGUUGCAAAUUUAUUAAAUGAAAUUUUAAAAAAUAUGUUUCAAGAUACAGUGCCUCUUUAGUUGCAAAAAUGUUUAUAAAUAAAAGUCAGAAUGCUGUCCAAUGAUAUGUUAAAGUCUACUUUGAUGAUGACUUAAAUGUAAGUUUGACCAUGAUAUAUAAUAUAUUGCACAAAAUAUAUGACUGUCAUAAUUUACAUUCGAUAUGAAAUUUUAUAAUAUGGAAAUAUUUUGAAUUAUGAAUGCAUGUGAGAGAGAAAAGAAUAUAAUAAGUGUCUAAAUUCAAUAAUAAAACUGAAUGAUGCAUGAAAAUAAAUGUUGCAACUAUGUAAGUAAUAUUAGUGUAAUCAUAAUUUUAAUGAAUAGAAACAGUGGAAAUAUAAAACUUGCUUUGAGAAAAUUCAAUUUUUAUUUAUUAGAUAUGUAAUGGAUUUAUGAAAAUAUAUAAAGUAUUUCUUAGACAGUGAUUGCAUUAAGUCAUACUGCGCAAAUAAAGUAAUCUGUUUAUUAAAUUACAUAAAUUGUAGGGCGAUAAUAAGUUUAAAGUUUACUUACUUACAUGUUUUGGCUUAUUUCGUAUAUAAAUUGCUUCGACGAAAUGAUAUAACUAAAGUCAGUUAAAACUAAUCUUGUCACCAAAGUUGAAAAUAAAGCGGAGGAUGAAUAGCACGUUUCUUCUAGACAAGGACAUUAGAAAAGUAUACAUUCUGAAAAGAAGAAAAAGAUCCAUUAUAGAUUUCUACUAUUUAUUUAUUUAUAUAAUUUAACUUUAUCAAUUUUAAGGAUUUUCAACUAUGUAUUAAUUCUGAACAACUUUUCCCUAUACAUAUAACUGUUUCUCGGUUAGAUUCCCAAGAUAUUUGUAAUAACAUUAACAAUAAUAAUACAUACUUUUGGUACUUCUUAUCUUAGACUGGGUUAGGUUUCGAAUAUCUUUAUGUACGAACAUGGUGAUAUAGAUAUGUUCAUGCCACGACACUGAUAUGUAUUAUUAUAUGUACUCUUAUUGCAUAUACUGUAGAUUGUGAUUGUAAAGCAACUUGAUCACUAGCGUACUUCACUCUCCUGUAUUCUCCAUCGCCCUUGCAGAACCUACACUUUGUCAUUAAUGGACACGACACGACGUACUGCGAGAGUAAAGGGGAGGAUAGGAGAGUAAAUUACUUAUACAUAGAACGAUAGUGGCGCUAUGCACUAAAGCUACGAUAUGGCCGCGAUUAAGUUGAUUCGCGGGCGCGAGAUCUCAUAGAAUACAGAGUACAGAACAGACUACAGUACUAAAGUUCAGAGUACAGAGUACGGACUACUGACAGUGCGAGGCUGACCUGUACGAUACAAGGUUGCCUCAUUCGAUAGCUGUCUCAUUUGAAUUGACUCGCGCUGCCAAGUAGCAAAGUACGCCAGACAGAGUAUCGACAAAGUUGUUCAAUACGUGUUAAAGCAAAGUAAGUAAGGGAUUGCGAGCACUUUUGAUCACGUCAAAAGACCGACAAUCGCCCCAUUGGCUCGUAUCAAGACAGCCUCACCUUGAGUGUACAUAUCACUAUAUGUAUCAGUGUCCGCUAUGUCUAGAUAUUGUAUACUGUAUUGUAUACGAUAUAAUACGUAUACAGUGUUAUAUCAGUGCAUAACAAGAGAAGUUCGUUGAAAUGCGGGCCAUACAAACGAUAACGUUACACAGUUACAUGAUGGAUAGAGCAUGAAUCUGAUAAACUCUAUGAAUUAA